AUGGCAACAUUUGGCCAUGAGCCAGGCAAUGUAGUGGUUGCCAGAAAAGGGUGGCUCCAAUACGGGGUCACAUCAAAGGUUGGGAUCAAUGUACCUGUUCCAUUACCAUUUUCCUCCAAUGGGUCAAAAGCAUCUUUUGCUGGAAAAGCAGGAGUACAGUUUUAUACCCAAAUCAAAACAGUGGCACACCGAUGGAAGGAUUUCCCUAGACUAGGAGUAUUCCCGACCACAUGUGCAUCUGAGAGAGAUUUUCCUAGGCAAUUGUCACGAGCCAUGCCAGUAGAAUCUGAAAGUGAUUCACCAACCUAUGAUGUACAAGCGGCAAUCACUGAUGCAGAUAUACAAAACACAACCAUGUCAUCUGCAUCUACAUCAACUGACAAGGAUCACAGGAGGCAGGAUGUUUCCCUAGUGCUGCCUUCAACAUCCGAGAAGGAUAUGUCAGAUCAGGAUAUGUCACUAUUAUUAUCAUCUGCAUUGCAAAGGGAUUUACCUAGCCAAGUAGUACCUGUUGCCACACCACAGGCAUCAGAGAGGAUGUAUGCUUCUAAAACAUCUAAGUGGAAUGAAAAUUCACCAGCAACAUCACAGAGGAGUGAAAUUAUUCCACAAACUUCUGAGAGGAGUCAUGUGUCUGUAUCUCAGAUGAAUGGUAAUUUAUUUACCCCCCAAAGGACUGAUACUGAUGCAGCAUUGCAAACCGAGGGGAUAUACAUGUCCAUGUCACAUAGAACUGAUAACAUAUCUCAAAUAUCACAAGGGAGAGAUAACAUCAGUCCAGUGUCUCAUAGGAUGAAUGCUACUGUGCAUUCAAACAAUGACGUGGCAUGCAUGAUAGAAGCAUCUCAUUUGAACACAAGUAUUGGUCCAACAUUUGAAAGUACUGACCCCUUGUUUCCAACUUCUGAGAGAAUAUACAAGGCUUCGACAUCUCACAGUAAUGACCAGAUUGGAUCAACAUCUCAAAGGUCUGAUAUUCCAACUACAGAGGGAGUGGAUAUCCCUGUACCAUCUCAUAGAAACGAAUGCAUUAGUCCAGCUUGUCAGCUUGACGAUGCUUUGGCUCCCUCUUCCGGGAGGGUCUUCAUGCCUCCAUCAGUACAGAAUAUACCGCCAACAUCAGAGAGAUUAUAUAUUCCUACAAACUCUCAAAGGAUGUAUAAUCAAAACCCUAUAAUUUUAGUGAAUGAAUUUCCCAGCCAAGCUCUGCACUCAUCUCAGACGAUAUAA